AUGCAGUUCUCUAUUGUCAGCAUCUUGGCUAUCGCCACUGUCGCGCUUGCGGCCCCCAAAGCCGCUUGCAACAACGGCGGUCUUUACUACUCUGACCCCAAGACUCUCGAGCCUUGCAAGUCUGAGUGUGUCGGCGGUACUUGCGCCCUUUACGGAACUUGUGCCCAGGACCCCAACAUCCCUCUACUCUGCCUGGCCAAGUGCACAUGUUAG